CAAACCCCAGAAAACCCCCAGCGAGGCCUAGGAAAUCCCGAAAAGCCCCCGUCUUACAACCUUCAUUGGAAGCUUGAUUGUUCCACCUACCUAUGUAGGAAUACCUCCGUUGCUCGCGAGGCUGGUAAGGCACAGUUGGAUGAUGUACCUUUAUGGAUUUCAGGCUUCAAUCUCUUCGGCUAAAUGGGUGCUAUAAAGCAAGCCAUUCCCUCCGCCGUCAUUAUGCUCCUAAGCUCUGUUAUUAUUCUUGGCCUGCUACACGGGAUUUGCGCAACAUCUAUUCCACCCCCAACAGGUCGAUAUCAGGUAGGAUCUUCGAAGCAUGUAUUCGAUCAUAUCACACAAGAUGAUCCGGUUGCUCCAAACAAGACCGGUACUUCACUUCUGAUUACACUCUUCUACCCGACGAAGAGCAUUCCCGACGGCCCUCAACCAUACAUCGACAACACCACUGCGAGUGUCUAUGAGAGUGCCUGGAACUACACUGCUGGAACCAUCGAAAAGCUCACCUCAUCCGUACAGCAAAAUGCUCCAUUUCUUCAAGGCCACAACGACGAGUCAUAUCCAACGUUGUUAUUCGGGCCUGGUGGAGGCGGUCCCCCAUCAAUCCUGUACACUGCUCUACUGUCAGAGCUGGCAUCUCAUGGCUACACAAUCGCCGCCAUAGACCACCCUUACGAGCAGCCAUAUCUACAGUACCCCGAUGGAACCAGUAUCUACGGCCUUCCAGUAGUCUACAGCUUCUCCCUGGAGCUCUUCAAUGCGAUAUACGAAAUGCGAAUCAAGGACUUUGCUGCGUUAAUAGACUACUUCCCAACUUUCACAAGCAAGCUCAAUGCGCCCUUUAACACCACCCACUACGCCGUGUUCGGGCACUCGCUCGGCGGCGCAUCUGCGAUAGGUGCGAUGCUACAACUGCCAUCCGUCAUAGCUGGCAUCAACAUGGACGGCCUCCUCACCGGCGAUCCAGCCAACACUACUGUUGGUGUACCAGACGAGAAGCGGAACGUGAUGAUGUUCGGCCAGCAGGACCACACGCCCGAGAACGAGGGCACGUGGGGCAUCUUCCCAAAAGCGCAGACGGGAUGGUGGAGAGAGAUUACGGUUGAUGCUGCUCUGCAUUUGGACUUCAGUGAUGCGGCGAUCUGGAAAGGUCUGAGGAAGAACGAUCAGCCAGAGGUGGGGACGAUUAAUGGACCGAGGAUGGUUCAAAUUGUGAGGGCUGUGGUGACUGCGUUCUUUGAUAACUUGAUGGGGGAGAAGGAGGCGAUUUUGGAUGGGCCGGAGAAGAAGUGGCCAGAGUUGAACUUUGUGGGGUAUGGCAAUGGGAAUUAUACGUAUAAUUGCUUGAAGGAGGGGUUAGGGCUAGGAACACUACUCGGCAGAAAGUACAUAUUCCCCCUCUUCCCCCGCCCCUCUUCUCCUCUUCGGCCCUCGGGCCGUCCACUCCUACCACCACAAGAUCUCAUCCUCUGUAUUUUGUAUCACCAUAUCUUUGUAUAUUUGGGGUAGGGCAUAGCUGGCCCUUGUAGACUAUGUCAUCUCGACCCUUCCCCGGCCAUGCGGAAUUAGAUCGUCAGAGGGUUAUGAGAUCUUGUCAAAAGAGAUGGAAAUCUAGGAGGUUUUGACCCGAGAAGGGUUUCCUCCGAUCAAUAUAUGAGAUUUCUCUACGUUUGUGAGAUUUUUGAUGUGAAGUGAUGUGUGUGAUGUGCGUGACUUGAAAUGUAUGAGGUGUCCUCUGCGAAGUAGGUCAUUAACAAGCAUUGCUUAAGAGCGGUCCCU